UACGUACAUUCUGUAUAUUUUAUGAAUAUCCUUAUCAUCGCUAUAAAAUGGCGUAGGGAAAGCAGCUUGGUGUUCAGUUCAAUCGACACGUUUUAAAUAUAAACAUAGAAAAGAAUACAGUGACCUUGAAAAGUAUUUCUACAAUGUCAGGAGUUGCUCCGUGUACUAAUCCCUACAUUGCUACAUCAGUAGCAGGAGUAUGUGGGAGUUACUUAUUCAUGACCAUGUUGGAUGAGUUUAUCCGGAACCAUACGGAUAUUUCUGGUUUAUGUGAUCGUGUGGUACCAGUGACCAUACCAGAUGAAGAGUAUGAUUUUAUUGUUAUUGGAGGAGGCAGUGGAGGUGCAACUGCAGCUGGUACUAGCAGCUUUCAAAAAUGGAAGGUUCUCCUUGUAGAAGCUGGAGGUGAUGAACCACCGGGAACAGAGGUACCUUCAAUGUUUCCAGUGUUUACUCAAGUGUCUACUUUGGGUUGGAAUUAUAAAACCGAGCCGGAACAAAAUGCUUGUUUAAACAUGCCACAACAUAGAUGUGAUAUUAUCAGAGCUAAAGUCCUUGGUGGAUGUAGUGUGGUCAAUGGCAUGAUGUAUAUUAGAGGUAUACCUCAAGAUUUUCAACGAUGGGUUGAAGCUGGGAAUACCCACUGGGGAUAUGAUCAAGUAUUACCAUAUUUUCAAAAUAUUGAAGAUAAUAGAGAACUUGGAACAGUAGCUGAUUUUGGUUAUCAUGGUGUUGAGGGACCUUUGACUAUUUCCCGGUUUCCGGAUUAUCCUGCGUUUGCUGAUGAUUUUUUGGCUGCUGCUGAGGAAUUAGGGUUUGGGUAUAGUCAAGAUUUAAAUGGGGAGAAUAUUAGUGGGUUUGCCAUUGCACAAACUACAAACAGAAAUGGUACCAGAUUAAGUGCCUCCAAAGCAUUCCUCUGGCCACAAAGGUUCAACCCAAGUCUACACAUUAUGUUGAAUACCACAGCAACAAAAUUGGUCUUUGAUCAACCACAUCAUCGUGACUUCAAACACAGAAGACCAAAAAAGGUGAAAAGUUCAACUAGUAUACAACUGCCAAUCGUUUUUGUCAAAGCCCGUAAAGAGGUUAUAGUUGCUGGAGGAACCUUCAACUCUCCACAACUCUUGAUGUUAUCUGGAAUAGGACCUAGAGAUCACCUAUCCAGUUUAAACAUUCCUGUUCAUAUUAAUCUCCCUGGCGUUGGUCAAAACUUCCAGAACCACGUUUCCUUUACAAUGACCUAUGCGUUGACCAAAAUGAGCAACACCAAUGACCUAACUCUAGAUGCGCUUAAUCAAUAUUUUGCUUAUCAUACUGGACCAAUGAGUUCCACAGGUCUGUCACAAGUUACAGCAAGACUCAGUUCUAAAUACGCUCGACCCGAUGGAACAUGGCCAGACCUUCAAUAUUUCUUCAAUGGAUUCGCAGCUAGUUGUGGAACAAAUGGAUCAUUCUUUGAUGCACCAACCUCAUCACCUUAUAAAACAUUUGAUAUAGUUCCUGUUGUUUUACAUCCAAAAUCAAGAGGACAGAUUAGACUUAAGUCAACAAAUCCGUUUGAUGCACCAUUGAUAGAGUUGAAUGAUUUGAAACAUCCUGAUGAUGUGGCUACCUUGAUAGAUGGUAUAAGAAUAGCUCAGUAUAUAGCAACCGCAAAUAUUUUAACACAAAAAUAUGGUAUUAGCCUAGUGAAAGGUAACUAUAGUUAUUGUGAAAGUGCAUUUACGUAUGAUUCGGAUGCAUUUUGGGAGUGUGCUGCCAAAUAUGCCACGACGCCUGAGAAUCAUCAAGUUGGCACCUGUAAAAUGGGUAAUGACAAGAUGGCGGUUGUAAACCAACAGCUCCUAGUGAAAGGCACAAGUAAUCUUCGGAUUUUAGAUGCUUCUGUUAUACCUUUUGCUGUUUCUGGCAACACUGCCGCUACAAUCAUGAUGGUUGCCAAUCGCGGAGUUAGUUUUAUAGUUGAAAAGUACCUUAAUGAUCUUCUUACCUGAAAUAAAAUAAAAAUUGUAUUAAUACAAAUACAAAUAUUAAAUAUAUAAAUAUCUGAACACA